AAGCAACCAGUGGCGUGUUGACACAUCGGAAAUUCGGCCCCGGUGGACAGGAAUCGUUUCCACGUCAUCGUCUUCCCUCUCCUUCUCCAACUCCAAAAAACAGAAACUUUCGUAUGAGCUUUGAACAAUCGAUUCAAAAACUGCAAAUUCAGUCAUCUCUCUCUCUCUCUCUCUCUCUCUCUCUCUCUCUACAGUUUCCUUAAUCCACACUCAACUCAUCAAUCUCCUCUGAACCCGAAACAGGGCAUUCGCUAUUCGCUGUUUUCUUGGGCUUUCUCAUCAAGAAACGGACAUUCCUUCCGACCCAUCUUCCUUCUUCCUUCGUAUAUAUCUUCGACGCGGAGACCCGCUUCUCAUUUCGCAUAUACCUCGUCCAAAAUCACGUCUUUUUCACGAAUUCCUCUGUAUUUCCCCUCCCCCAUUAUGCUUCCCUGGAGACUCUUCCUCCUCCUUUCCCUCCUUUCUCUCUCUUUCUCCGAAGAGACCCCCACUUCUCACGGGCUUCCCCGCCCGUUGAUCAUCGAAUAUCCCACGACCGCCAAGGAGCUCGACGAAGAACAGGUCAGGUUGCAGUGUGACAGCUGGAGAUUCGCUGUCGAGGCCAACAAUGUCAAUCCGUGGAAGACGAUCCCGCAGGAGUGUGCGGAUUACGUGAGGGACUACAUGAUGGGCAAAGGGUACGGCUUCGAUAUCGAUAGGGUGUCGAAGGAGGCCGCAGUCUAUGCGGGCAGCGUGGAAUUGAGUGGGGACGGGAAGGAUGUGUGGAUUUUCGACAUUGAUGAGACUCUGCUCUCCAAUCUUCCUUACUACGCCGAGCACGGUUUCGGCUUGGAGGUGUUUGAUCCGGUCGAGUUUGACAAGUGGGUUGACAAGGCGGAGGCACUGGGGAUACAGCCAAGUCUGAAGCUCUAUGAGCUAGUGUUGGGCUUGGGUUUCAAGGUCUUCUUGCUCACUGGGCGUAGUGAAGAGCAAAGAAGUGUCACUAUUGAAAACCUGAUCAAUGCAGGGUUCCAGAACUGGGACAAGCUCAUAGUGAGAGCAUCUGAGGAUCACAGCAAACUAGCAGUGGUGUACAAGUCGGAGAAGAGGGAUGAAAUGGUGAGGGAGGGAUACAGGAUUCUCGGGAACUCUGGCGACCAAUGGAGUGAUCUACUGGGUUCUUCAAUGUCAAUUCGUUCCUUCAAGCUUCCAAAUCCCAUGUAUUACAUUCCCUAGAGCACCCUUUCUUGGAAAAUGUGGUUGCUCUUUAUAUUCUUCUGAUAAUGAAAGCAUUCCACGGUUAACAAGCAUGUGAAUAUGCUUCAUGUCAAUAUGCUUUAGCCUAUUGGCUUAUACCAUGUAAAUGCAACAAGGAGAUUGCAGUCACUUUCCUAUGCCAAGCAAUGUGCAUCUUGAGUUCUGAAGUUCUGUUAAAACAACAAAUACAAAACUAAUGUACCAGUACAGCUGCUGUCAAAUAUCCUUACAGCACAAUCAAACUUGACUACAAGAUUAUGUUCA